UAUAAACACCGCGUAUCUCAAAACUUUGUUGUCACUCGAUACGGCCCUUUGUGGGAGAUGGAGGUUAUAGUCGAGUACGAUUAUACGGCAGAGGAGAGCGAUGAACUCACCAUUAAGAAAGGGGACAUUAUAAAGGAUGUUUCUCAGUUUGAAGAAGGAUGGUAUAUUGGUUCUCUGAACGGUCGUAUAGGAGUUUUUCCGGAUAACUUUGUUAAGAUAAAACCGUCGAUUCAGCCUAAAAUAUCACCGAUGGUGACUACUGAUUCUCAGAAGGAGCCAUCAGAAAAUGAAGUGAACAAUAUAUCGUCUGGCGAAUAUGAAAACGAUAACCAACCUGGCUCACUUACAAAACCUAAACCCGUUUGUGGUAUAGGUUUAGGUAAUAUAUUCAGUGGUCAACCUAUUCAGCUUAAACAAACAGCUUUGAAGGAAGUGGUGAAAGAAAAUGAAUCAUUAUCGGAGAAGACAAUCGGGAAUAUUAAAAUUGCUGAUGAUAACAGUCAAAACUACGCAAAUCAGGUUCGAGCACGUUAUGAAUAUACACCAAAACAACCCGAUGAACUGGAAUUACGCGUAGAUGAUAUCAUCCAAGUAUUAGACCGUAAUCUUCCCGAUGAUGGUUGGUGGAAGGGUAGAAAUCUGCGAACAAAUUUAGUCGGUAUGUUUCCCGAUAAUUUUGUCGCACCAAUGAAUGGGUCGGUCAGGGAAAUGGAUGAAAAUAAGCUACAGUUUUCUACGAAUGCAUCCUCUCUCUCCAAUAAGAAUGUGUCUGUUAAAACGAUAACUCUUCAAAAUGCUAAUGGAUCGGUAAAUGCUAGAAGUCCAAGAAACUCAAAUUCUACAGUUAAUACAUCUCAGUCAAGUUCAAUUGUAUCACCAUCACUUGAUACAGGCAGAAAUAUGAAUAAGUCUUUAUCUCAAAUUCCAUCUAGUAAAACUCCUGUUGUUUCGAAUUCCGGUCCACCAACCCAUAAUCAGACCAACAGUUCUAUAAAUAUGAUGACGUCAGGUGGACCAUUAUCGUCGGCGACAAGAUCCAACUCACUGGGCGAUUCAAUAAAUAGCAAUCAGCUAACUCCAGGGAUUAAUCCCGGUUUAAUACAAGCUGGAAGUAAUUUGGUAAUUAAUAAUAGCAAGUGGAGAUCGAAUGAAAAACAGGAUCCAUAUGAUGUGUCGAAAUCUCGAAAUGAAAUUCAUAACGGUGGUGAUGGAGAUGGAGUAUCUGUGGACAAUUCAAAUGCACAAAGACUUGUUGGGCUUACAAGUGACAGACCACGGCAAACAGGUCGAAGACUCCCUACAAAGUUAUCGAACGCUACCAAUCCAGCUCCAGAUAUGACUAAUUCAACAAAUGUUUCCAGUAGAAAUCACAAUGUGACAUCCGUAUCAAAUGAUAUGCAAGUGUAUGAUGCACCAAUAAACAGGAGCAGCGUAACCUGCUUAUCUGAUAGUCAAACUAACCAUGAAGGUAGUAAUGGCUUAAUAAGAUUAGAUCAAUCUGCAAAUUCUAGUGAAUCCACAGUCAAACAACAAGGGCGUACGAACAACCAUGCUACAAAUCAUACGCGUACAACGAAUCUACAAAGAAGUGAUGGUUCCAAUGGUUCAUUGGAAUUGGAUCGAAGUACUGAAAAUGUUAUGAAUACAUCGAAUCUAGUGGUAUCUAACCGUAAUAAAGGCCAGUCAAAUGAUAUUCAAAAUCAGUUUGAUCAAUUUCAAAAUGAAGUUAGACAACAACUACGUGAUAUUCGACGAGAAUGUGAUUCCCUUAAAGAAACGCAUUUACAACUUCGAAAUGACUGGAUAAAAGGACAGAAGAGUUUGGCUGAAAGAUUUCAAACUCUUAUGGAUGAAUUAGAUGAAAUCAAAAAGUUGAGGGCAAACGACGCUGUCGAAUUAACUAGAUUCCGUACAAUAUUGAUGCGAUUAGAUGCAAAUUAUCUCAUUAAUUCAUCUAAUCAUAUUACUCUUGAUAAUGCUGGUGCUGAAGAGAAAUUAUACGACAGUGAAAACUUUCUAGGAAUUUCAAACGCAUCAUUAAGUCAAAGAAAUGUCAAUUUUAAAACAGUCUCUAAAGAUGAAGUAGAAGAAGAAGACCGUCGUAAUGAUCAAAAUGACAAUAUUUCACCAACAGAUAAACAUUCAUUAACUACCACUCAAAUGUCCUCACAAAAGUCUUCUAUCAAACCAUCACUUAGACCUAGACCUGCACCAGCGUAUGGAAUAGUGAGUACGUCUCGAAGGUAAACAUUCAGUCAGCAUUUCCUAUUAUAUACUCCCUGUUGAUAGACUAAAUUAUGACAAUGGGUAAUGUAUUAUCACCAAUAAUUUGUGACUUCAAAUCAUCAAUCAGUCACCGUCAAAUAGCACUACUAAGCAAUUUAUGUUUGGAUGCUAAUGCAGACUGCAUACAUAUCUUUGUGUACAUAACUACUUCCCCUUAAUUCAGUUUUAUUCCUUUUUGAUAAUAUGUUAACUUUCAAAGUCCAUUUCGUUUCAUAUAUCUAUCCACAUCUAUCCAAUAUGCUUUUAAUCGCUAUAAAGCAUUGAUUUCUCAUGGGGUUAUUUGUAAUACCUCCAUCUUGUUUUAGUGAGUUACAUUGUUAUUUCAUUUAUGUUUACUCAACUACUGUCACUUAUAACCUAAUUUUAAUUAUCGACUUUUGUUUCCCCUCAUGUUUUCUGUUUGUCCCGCUGUUAAAACCUUUCUAGUUUUUGAGAUUUUCAAACCAUUCUGUGAACAGAUUUUUGAGGAAUCUAGUUAUCAUACUUUACUGAUUCCCUUACAUUAAAAACUUGAAUGUGAUUCAAUACUUUCGAGUUUAUGUGUAUACUCACUACUCAAUAACCUUACCAUUGAGUCAUAUAUCCUGCAUACUACUAGUUCACCUGAUAAGUAGUUUAUGUGUUAAGUCGAAUAUAUUUUAAUUAUAGGUUUUGGUUUGAAAAUUUACAUAAAAUACGGAUUUUAAAGUAGUUAAUCGUCUCAUAGCAAAAUAAAUCAAAAAUGUACAUUCUAUUAUUAGGCUUUCAUUUUGAUCAUUUGGUUUUGAAUAUUUUCUCUGUAAGGAAAAUAAUUGAAACACU